AUGGUUUUUGUGGGCCAACAGUACAACAUCAAGCUCAGAGAUUCGGAGUUAGAUGAUACGAUGUUUCGCAGUGUCUCUACUAAAUUUCGGAAAAAACUGGAAGAAACUGAAUCACAGUCGGCAUGGAGCUGGCUUCAAAUUCAUAUUUCACAGUUCCUGCGAACUAUACGACGUCAUUUAAUGGCGUUUUGGUGGAGGCUGUUUGUGAAAAUAGAUUUGCGUAAAGUUCCACAACCAUGGAAUUCUACGGCCAAUGUAACAGAAGAAUCGCUGAUCAUUUACAAAGCUUAUUUGGACCAGCGGCUUCCCCAACAAACUGUUAUUCGAAUUUUGGCAUUCAGUCGGUGCCGAAAUCUCAGCGUUGUGCUACGUUACCACUCGCUUUGUAUCUCGGCGAAAGAGGUUACCGUGGAAUACGACUGCCCUUGGAAAUGGGGAAGAACAUGCAAAUGGUUCUCUUUUCUCCUCCUUGUCAAUAUGGAGGAAACGAAUUUUUCAUCCACUACUGUAAGUACCUUUUUGUCUUGCUUACUGUUGAUUGAACAAUAA